AGGAUCUAAUUUUCUCAAGCGAGGGUCGACACAUCCGCCCAGUUUUCCGAUGUUUCAUUCCCCCCCGAGUUGAAAAUGGAGUUCGAUUAAAGCAGAUGUCUAGCAACUUCUGAAGGAAACCAAAACUCUAGACGUUUUUACUUAACGCGUCAGGACUAAUAUUGAAAACGGUUUAGCCCCGUUUUUGGCUUUGGAUGCCUUUACUGCAAAUUACUCGGACACGUUGACGGAGCAACGCUGCACAGCGCUUUUUCAAGUGUUGUCCUGGACCUGAAGUUGGCGAAUGGAUGCUCGACAGCCAGCCAUAAAUAACCUGCCAAACGUUACAGGCUACAACAAUUCCUGCAUUUUUUGAGGAUCUAUACACAUUUUUCCAAACCGGGGAUCUGUGUUUGUUGAAGAGGAUGAUGCCGAUGGCCCAUUUGUUGUGGUCGGAUUUUACUUCCAGGGAGGAUAAAAUGAAUCAACGGUUGUCAUUCCUCCUCGCGAUUUAACGUUAGUUCCAGCCAGCAAAGCUAACGUUAAGCUAGCUUCACUUGGUUUUCACAGGGACGCUUACUUAGGCAUGCCCCAUUAUACACCGUUUACUUACUAUCCGAAAUAGGGGUAAUUUCUAUAUGUGAAGGAAAAUGGUGAUAUUUGUGGUAUUUUAUCCCGCCGUCACUGCGUCGUCGAUGCUAUUGCUAGGAUUUGGAUCCCCGUGAGGAAAAAAUGAGUGAAGAUUCAACAAAUCCAAACAACGAGGAAACAUCUGACUCCAAGUGAAGGGACAGAGAGGCAAAGGAGGAGUGACAGUUAUGCGCGUGUGAGAGCAGUGGUCAUGACUCGGGAUGACUCCAGCGGUGGGUGGCUUCCCCUGGGCGGCGGAGGCCUUAGCUGUGUCACCGUCUAUAAGGUCAGCCGGGCGGAGGACAGCAACAGCACCCAUAGCGGAGGCAGUGGAGGAAGCAGCAGCAACCUCAGCCCCUGUAGCCCCAGUCCUAGUCCCAGUCCAAGCCCUAGUCCCAGCCCCACCGCUGUGGAGUUCCACAUCAAGGGCGAGAGGCUCAAAGACAAAUUGGUGGUGCUGGAGUGUGUCCUGCAGAAAGACCUAGUAUACAACAAGGUCAACCCAAUCUUCCACCACUGGAGGAUCAACGACAAGAAGUUCGGACUGACCUUCCAGAGUCCCGCUGAUGCCCGUGCCUUCGACCGGGGUAUACGCCGGGCCAUCGAGGACAUCAACCAAGGUUGUCGGUCGUUUGGGGAAGGGGAUACUCCCGAGGAUGGACUACCGGUGUGUGAUGAGCCUCCCUCUAUCUGUACCCCAAUGAAAGAGCCCUUCUCUCCCUUGAACAACGUUGUCUCCACCGAGCCAUUCAGGGGCUGCUACGUCCGCACCCAGCCCUUCGACGAGUUCCCCUCUAGCAUCCGCCGCUACCUGCCUCCACAGGUCUCUAAAUCGACUCGUCAUGUCAGCUUUCACAUGGACGAGGAGGAGAUCGUUCGCAUCAACCCACGCAAGGACGUGCUCAUCCGCGGCUAUGAGGACUACCGCCACCCUGUCAUGUGGAAACAGGAGGCUGACCGCGAGGAUCUGGACUUCCCCACCGCCUUCCACAAACUGGACAGUAAGAAGUGCGAGUACCUCUUCCCCGACGGCCCUGGUGGGGACUCCCACUCUGGCUCUGGUAUGGGCAUUGGAACAGGUAUGGGGCUGGGUCUGGGCAAGGACACAGCCAUCAAGACUCAGCCCUCCCCCCUGCUCAAGUCCAAGAAGGGCCGACGGCGACGAGAGGACGGAGAGCGUUCGCGCUGCAUCUACUGUCGAGAGAUGUUCAACCACGAAGACAACUGGCGGGGGCAGUGCCAAGACGCCCCCGACCCGAUCAAGCAGUGCAUCUACAAAGUCAGCUGCAUGCUGUGUGCCGAGAGCAUGCUGUACCACUGCAUGUCCGACUCCGAGGGCGACUUCUCGGACCCCUGCUCAUGUGACACAUCUGACGAGCAGUUCUGCCUACGCUGGCUGGCCCUGGUGGCGCUCUCCUUCAUCGCGCCCUGCAUGUGCUGCUACCUGCCUCUGCGCGCCUGCCACCACUGUGGUGAGGCUUGCCGCUGCUGUGGGGGCAAGCACAAGGCCGCAGGGUGACCUGACGCCGGACACUGGGACACCCUCAAAGCUAGCUAACACAGGAAGUGGAUAAAAGCGGAAAAUUAAAAAGCCGGCAUCCUUUUUUCAUUCCCCUCUCAGACGGGGUGAUGUUGUUGAUCCCCAGCUCUGAGGGCUUUUGGAGAUUUCAGUUUGUGUUUGUCGCCGACAAGCAGCAGUGGAGGACAAACCAUAUGCUUUGUGGGAGCUCUGGGCAUCAAGCUAAGUUCAGGAGCUUAAUCGGAGGAGUAGAAGAGGAGGAGGCGUUAAGAUUAAUAGACUUGGAGAUGUUACUAAACACACCUGUACACGUACACACACACAACACAUACACAAACACACACCUCUCUCACAUUCACACUCAUGCAUUGACAAAGCCAGGCCACAAAUGUCAGAACUCUACUACAAGUAAUGUGUAACUUUAUGAAGGAAAAUUUGUCUUUUGUACAGAGAGCGACAAGUUAAUGACAAAAAAAGAAAACAAAACUAUUCUGCGUUCAGAAAAAAUACUUGCUGUUUGAGUAUGCUAAAAGGGAUAUGUUCUUGCUUUUUUGUGAAUUUGCAGUUGGGUAACAGUGGCCUUUCCUUCAUGGCUUCAACAUUUGCUGACAAUGUAAUUAUUAGACAGAAAAAAGUGCACUAGAAAUGAUAUUUUCCCCCCAGAGUAAAGGUAACCCUCUCAAAUGGAUGUGGUACAUUAACCCACCAUAUUUAGCAUAAUUUUAACAUUUGAGAGAUGUCGCUGUGGUGGAUGUUUGGCCAAUUUUAUUCCUUGUUUUCCUUUCAAUCGAAUGUUAAGAAACUCAAAAAGUAACAGCUUGUUUUUUUGAAGGUACAGCUCGGCAUAGCUUUUGACAUUCAUUUAGAAGAUGUUAAAAUGAUUACCUUGCCUUCUCGAGGUGAUUUAGACCAUUUGAUUGCAUUCCAAAAUAAAGGGAUUGAUUCCAUGAUUAGAAGGGAAAAAAUGGUAAUGACUUUACCAUGCUGACUUCCCCGAAAAAAUAUUUUUUCCACGUCACAAAAAAAUAAAAAAAAGCAUCAGAACCUCUUGAACCAUUUUAAAUUGAAACCGAUACACAUGACAAUUUCAUUCACUUCAGUGAAUUUCAGUUUGAGUCCAGUUAUUUACUGCUGUAGUGAAAUUGGUGUUUUUGUUUCUUCAUUGUUAUUUUCCUGCUCAUUUUUUAUAAUUAUUUUUGAAACAAAGGCUGAAAUGUUGCUCAACCAGCAAGUUUUGUUUUGGUGAGUAAGGGGUUACAAUGCUCCUUGGUUAAAUAAUGAGGCACUUAAAUUAGGCUAUUCUUUGAUUGAGAAUCCCUCUGAUUUUGGAAUUAGUCUGUACAUAAAUUUCACUAAUUUAACAUCUAAUUUGGCGUCUUUAAAGCACUGCUCUCCAAGCUUUGGUUGCAGCACCCUCUCCAAAUUUCCAUGUUUGUCCCACAAUCAGUUUUUUUUCUUUUUGUUUUCUUAAUUUCACCCUCAUAUCCUGUCUAAGUGUAGUAUUACGUUGUUCUUAAAAAGUUAGUCCACUCCUUCCAUGUGUCUCCAUUUAACAGGUCCUGAAUGAAUGCGUUUCAGGAAUGCUGAGUAUCUUAGCUAUUAAAAAAAAACAUACAGAUGUUGUGUGUGUGUGUGUGUGUGUGUGUAUGUGUGUGUUUGCGUGCAUAGGUCUUCAUAUGCAUUGGUGAUUUGAUGUGUAACAUCACCACUGACUAUGUUAGUAAGGCUUUGAUGUCCUGACAGUGCUGACCAGUAUCCUGUUUCCCAUCUUUGUCUCUGAACAAAGAAAGGGUCAAACUGUUAAAGGAAUAGUUCGUCAUUUUGGGAAAUGCGCUUACUAACUUUCUUUCUGCGAGUUAGAUGAGAAAAUCAAUACCACUCCCAUGUCUGUCCUCUCAUUAUGUGGCUGGAGCCAGCAGUUAGUUUAGCUUAGCAUAAAGACUAGAAACAGGGGGCAACAGCUAGCCUGGCUGUGUACAAAGGUAAAAAAAUCUGCCCACCAGCACCUUAAAAGCUCACUAAUUAACUCUUUAUAUCUUGUUUGUUUAAUCUGUAUAAAAAGUACAGUAGGAUGUGUAAAAAUGACAAUUUCCUGUUUUACAGGACUGUUUAUUGGAGGGCUCAUGAGGUUGCCAGGAAACCAGCAAAGAUUCCUGGAAGUUACUGUGCCUGGCCAAGAAAUAGUCCCACACAUCCCGAACGCUGUAAAGGCAAUGGUUUUUGUUUGAAUUAAACAAACGAGAUACAGUGUUAGUGAACUGUACAGGUGCUGGUAGGCUGAUUUAGACUAGCUGUCUUCCUCUGAUUCCAGUCUUUAUGCUAAGCUAACUGCUAGCUGUUGGAUCCAGCUUUGUAUUUACCGUACAAACUUCAGAUCGGCAUCAUCUAACUCUCAGCAAGAAAGCAAAUAGGAGUAUUCCCACAAAAAUGACUAACUUUUAUAUUUUUUAAGAUCCUUGGGAAACAGGGACUAGACAGACUGUAAGCCAGAGUUGAACUGUGUUUGAAACCCAUAUCCCACCCGAAAGAGCAGAAAAUGUCCAAUUUAACACCUUGCUCACAAAACUGUUGUCGACUCAGACUAUUCUGGACGACAACACUUAGAUUAGAACAAACUCCCAACAGGAAUAACGGCUCAGUUUGGAAGUCUGGCUGCAAUAACCGAAAUGUUUCCUAACUAAGGUAUUGGCUUGUUCUAAAUUAGCGCUAAAUGUAAUACACCUCAAUUUAUAACAGCAGAUUUGGUACAACAUCCGUUUGCUGUAACUAACAGAUAUGCAUAUCUUCUCACCUCCUGUCACUCCUGGUUAAAACGGUGUAGUGGCACCUCAGUGUUGAUCCGACUGGAUCACAGGACAGACGUUACUUUUCCUAACUCCACCCUGACUGGCCAGCGACACCAACGCUCCCUUUACUUUCUAUGCAAACUUUCUAACAUGGGAAAACACAUCGACCUCUCUGCAGACUGAGUCAGUGACGGGACAGGACACUUUAACGUUAUAUAGGUAGACGACCAACCCCUGGUACCAAACUCCAAACACCUGUAAAUACUUAACACUAUAUUUAAGUACUGAUAAUAAUCCCAGCUUUAUUUGUCUUUGAAAUUUUAAAGAUAGAGCUGUAUUUAUCGUUGCUGUCAGCAUAUACUGUAGCUUCAAUUGACAGCAUUAUGUACAUAGGUCACCUUUUAGUAUUAUUUCACAUUGAAAAGUAGAGGGCGUUUGUGAUGGAAAUGACUAUUGAGCUUCUAAUAGAGUUUCUCUCUAGUUUUGUACGGUAGAUGGAAGGAUAGUGCUAACACGGUACAGUAGUGGCAGUCCACUUGUUUCAAAAGUUUGAUAUAUAAAUAUAUAUAUACAUACAUACAUACAUAUAAAGCUGCUAGAUACAAUCACUAAUUUUAUUGUGUUGACAGAGAAAAUUAGCUAUGAACGACUGUUAAACCCUAAUUCUCCAACAGCAUAUAACCACGACGGUGAGUUUUUAAAUGUUUGAUUGCUCUGUGUGAUGAAGUGGAAACUUGUGCGUGUGGGUGUGUGGGUGCAUGAGUGUUACUAUAUAUGUGCCCGCGAAUGUGUGUUUGUACUGUAUGCCUGUUAGUUUCCAGCGUGCUUGUGUGUGUGGGGUUGGUGUUUAACCAAAUGUUUGGUUGGUUGUCAUAUUCUCCCAUUGUAAUUGGAUUGCCCUGCAUUAUUGCAAGCUGAACCAAGGUUUGAUGAACCUGAUUAAAACUUGCUGGCUGAGAAGCAAAAUGUAGGACGUGCAUUUAUACAAAGUGUAGAGAAUGCUGAAAUAACACUUCUCAUUCUGCAUUAACCAGCACAGUGCAACUUCCUGUCAUGUACUGUAUUAUAUAUGCAACAUGUGUCUGUCCGCUUUAAUAUAUAUAUUUUUUUGACCUGCAUUAUAUAAGACUUCAGUUUUAACCACUUUGCUGCUAGUCUUUUAUCCUCUUUCAAUCUUGGAAAAAUUGUGCAUAUCUUUGGGAAUGCAUACAAGUGUACAUUCUUGACAUUGUGUAGAUUAAAAAAGAAAAAAAGCUAUAUAAACUCUUUCUCUUCAGUGUAUUGUUUUAAAAAGGUUACUUUUCACAGCAGUUGAGUGGUUAUGUUUCAAUUCUCCAAUGCUUUGGUGCACUGAUGAUACUAUAUGUAAGCUUUUUUUCAUCUUACAGCGCUUGACGUAACAUUUAUGUGAUUAGUUCUAAAUAGUGGAAGACAUUUGUGUUUUGAAACUUGCAGUAUAAAUGGUACUACUCUUAACUAUUCUGUAAACACUGCCUGUUUUUUCUUUCUUUUUUUUCUCUUACUUUCACUCUCUCUUCUUUGUGCAUAUUUCUUUCCUGUGCAUCUUUCUUUUUUUUUUUUUUGUUUUGUUUUGUUUUGCUUUUGAGUUUCUUAGUGCCAUCGGCUUUCACAUCCUGACAACCUCAAAAAAGUGCCUCACGUCCAUCCUAGUUUCCAUCUUACAAUUUAACAUCUCUCGUUCUGGUUCUAUUGGUUUCUACACGUCUAGGUAUUUCUUAUCAUGGUUCGAGAAUACCAAGUAUAUGAUGUAAAAUUUAUAGUCCCAAUAACUCAUGUCAUAGUUGUAUUUUCUUUAUACAGAUGUAGCUUGUUACUUUUCAUAAAUAUAUAAUGUAAAUAUGCAUACAUAUGUUUGUAACUGUUUUUAUGUUACAUCAUACACUUGUAAUUUGACAUAUCAAAUAACAUUAUCAUAAUAAAAUGGUGAGUUUUAA